AUGGCGUUUCUCGCGCUUAUUUCGCUAAUCACUGCCCCAUUAUCAUUUGAUCUACAAAUAAGCCGCCAAUCGUCGCUGUCAACACCAUUGAUUUUAUCGACGCCGUCGAAGAACCUCAGUGUCUCAUUCCACGAUGGAAGUCUCUAUGCCGACGCGAUUCCAGUCUCGCCGAUUGUCGAAAACGAGACGAUAUCAUUCUCGCUCAAAUGCAUCUCCCAUAUUUCGCUUCAUUUGCAAUCACCGCACGCCAACUCGCUGGUAUAUUCACCGUCAUUGUGCUCGGCAACCCAUAUCGGUCUUACCAUUGACGAAUCAACCCUAAAUGGAUGUGUGUUCGAUGUGUCGCAAUCGUCAAAAAUUCUGCUUCAUCGAAUUUGCGGUGCCGCCUCGAAGAAUAUCAUAAAGAAUCCGGAGAAGGGACCAAUCUAUGUGGCGGAUGCUGUUGAGCUCAACGAAGGUGGCUCGAUACCGCUUCAAUGGAAAAAUGUCUAUUUUAUGCCAAGUCAAAACGAUUUUAACGUUUCGCACACCGGCAUAUUUUUUACGAUUGUCGAAGGCGCGAAACAUGGUGAAAUUCGAGUGGACAACGUUGUUACUUCAUCUUUCACCUACGCCCAAUUAUUGGCGAGACGAGUGAUUUAUAAGCAUGACGGGAGUGAAACGCGCGCCGAUCGAAUUUCGUUUCAGGUCUUUUUUGUUUUAAAUUUUUUGUGUCACAUUUAA